AUGGUUCUCGUAACCAACUUGCCGCCUCCUACGGAAGGCCGUUGUGUGAAACAGACAGAAACUCGGGCCGUCAUCGGAGAUCGCGAUCUCGGACCUGGCUGCCUUUAUGUGAGCGAAAGUCGAGUUGUGUGGAUCGGGGAUCAUGGAAAUGGAUUUUCGUUGGAAUAUCAAGCGAUUGCUUUGCACGCUCUGUCCAGGGAUUUGUCGAACUUUCCUGAGGAAUGUUUGUACCUCAUGAUAGACGUAGACAUUGGCGGUUCGAAAGAGAUAGAUUUUGGCCUUGAAUUGAGCAGCCGCCUUUCCGCUGCUUGCAGCUUGGAGCUGAACCCGACGCAGGGCUGCAGUACCUUGGUGACAUCACGUCAUCUCGAUAACCAAACUCUGGAAACGAGGGCUCUGCCCUCUCAGAAUGGUACAGGUGAUGUUCAGAAUCUUCCUGUACUUCCAGGACCAGAUAUAGAAGCAGAUGCCGUUCCAGAAGAGGAAGAAACGACAUUCACGGAAAUCCGCUUUGUACCCAGAGACAAAAACAGUCUAGAUUCGCUGUUUUUGACUCUAUCGGAAUUCCAGGCAUUGCAUCCGAACGAUUCAGAUUCCUUCUCGGACGAGGACGAGGAGGAGGAAGAGUUGGUCGAGGAUGAGUUUCUGUCACAGUCAGUGGAUGAAGUGCUGUUUGACGAAGAUGGUCAAGUCAUCGUCGAUCGUCAAAUGCGCGGAGUAGGCGGGGCACCAGCUCCACAAGUCGACGUACCACAAAACACGCUCAACGGAGGAGAGGAUAGUUACGCGAUGGAAACUGGUCAGUUUGAUGAUCCUAUCGAAAACGAUAACGUGUAA